GUGCUGGCCUCUUUCCUGUUAUUUCUCUGCCAGAGCAGGAGCCCCUUGCCCUCCAGGCUGUGCAGCCAUGUUCUGGGGGCUCUGACCCCACGGAAGUCCAUGGGGAGCCCCAGACUGGCAGCCCUGCUCCUGCCUCUCCUGCUGCUCAUUGGCCUCUCUCCCUCCUCUGGGAUUGGCUGCCCCUAUCUUCUGCACUGGAGCACCCACUGUCUGCUGGCCUCCCACAUGGAAGACGCACUCACUGGAGGGUCUGCUCAUAUUCCUUGCCAUACCCAGUUGGCCCUUCCUGUGUCUCUAAAGUCCUGGUGUGCUCAGCUCUGGCUCCCCGCCUGCUAUUUGCACCUGCAUCUGAUGUCAAAUCCUUCAGACCUCCAGGGGGGCUGGAUCCACUUCCUGGUGCAGAAAUUCAAAAAGUCAUACAAGUUCCGGUUCUGUAGGAGACACAAGAUGCCAGCAUCUGCUCAGAGGAAGCUGCUGAAUAGCUGUUGCCUGUCUGAGAAGGGUCAUCACAUUGCUGUCCCCUUCCCAGACAUCUCUCACAAGGGAUCACGCUCUAAAAGGACCCAACCUUCAUAUGCAAAGGCAAUGGAAGGUCUCCCCAGACCCAGCUCACAAAGGCAUGGAGGGCCCGAGUUCUCCUUUGAAUUGUUGCCUGAGGCACGGGCUAUUCGAGUGACCAUUCCCCCGGGACCCGAGGUCAGCGUGCGUCUUUGUCACCAGUGGGCACUAGAAUGCGAGGAGCUGAGCAGUCCCUUCGAGGCCCAGAAAAUUGUGCCUGGGGGCCAUGCUGUAGACCUGCCUUAUGAAUUCUUUCUGCCGUGUCUGUGCAUAGAGGCAUCCUACCUGCAAGAGGACACUGUGAGGUGCAAAAAAUGCCCCUUCCAGAACUGGCCUGAAGCCUAUGGCUCGGACUUCUGGAAGUCAGUGCACUUUACUGACUACAGCCAGCACAGUCAGAUGGUCAUGGCUCUAACACUCCGCUGCCCACUGAAGCUGGAGGCCUCCCUCUGCCAGAGGCAGGGCUGGCACACCCUCUGUGAAGACCUCCCCAAUGCCACGGCUCGAGAGUCACAGGGGUGGUAUGUUUUGGAGGGAGUAGACUUGCACCCCCAGCUCUGCUUCAAGUUCUCUUUUGGAAAUAGCAGCCACGUUGAAUGCCCCCGCGGGACUGUCCCAUCCUGGAAUGUGAGCAUGGAUACCCAGGCCCAGCAGCUGGUCCUUCACUUCUCCUCGAGGAUGCACGCCACCUUCAGUGCUGCCUGGAGCCAUCCAGGCUUGGGGCAGGACAGCUUGGUGCCCCCUGUGUAUAGCAUUAGCCAGACUCAGGGGUCAAGCCCAGUGACGCUAGACCUUAUCAUUCCCUUCCUGAAGCCAGGGAGCUGUGUCCUGGUGUGGAGGUCAGAUGUUCAGUUUUCCUGGAAGCACCUUUUGUGUCCGGAUGUCUCUCAUAGACACCUGGGGCUCUUGAUCCUGGCACUGCUGGCACUCACCACCCUCUCGGGCAUUGUUCUGGUCCUCACUCGCCGGCGCCCACUGUCAGGCCCGAGCCACGCGCGGCCGGUGUUGCUGCUGCACGCGGCGGAGUCAGAGGCGCAGCUGCGCCUGGUGGGAGCACUGGCUGAACUGCUUCGGGCAGCGCUGGGCGGCGGGUGCGACGUGAUCGUGGACCUGUGGGAGGCUACGCGCGUAGCGCGCGUGGGCCCGCUGCCGUGGCUGUGGGCGGCGCGGGCGCGCGUGGCGCAGGAGCAGGGCACCGUGCUGCUGCUGUGGAGCAGUGCCGACCCCAGUCUGCCCGGUGGUCCGGAUUCCGGCGCAGCGCCCCUGCGCGCCCUGCUCCGCGCGGCCCCGCGCCCGCUGCUGCUGCUCGCUUACUUCAGUCGCCUCUGCGCCAAGGGCGACAUUCCCCCUCCACUGCGCGCCCUGCCACGCUACCGCCUGCUGCGCGACCUGCCGCGGCUGCUGCAGGCGUUAGAUGCGCUACCUUCCACCGAAGCCGCCAGCUGGGGCCGCCUUGGGGCUCGUCCGUGCCUGCAGGGUCGCCUGGAGCUGUGCCGACGGCUGGAACGGGAGGCCGCCAAAUUUUGCCAACUGAGGCUGAGCAGAGACAGGCGUAGGGGUACUGGCUGGAACCCCUGAAUGAGCCUUCUACCCUUGAAUCCUUGGGGUGCCACCUCGGGACUACUGGCCAAAAAUCCUUACGCUGUCUGCCAACCUGGGAGCAGAGCACCUCCCUCACUGUCCCAGCCCCUUCCCCACGUGUGCCUGGCUUCUUCCUUAGGAUUACCCUUUCAGAACCAGCAGGGAGAGUUGGUCUUUACUGAGGGCUCCACCGACCCCAGUCCUGUGGGGGUGGGGGAAUCUUCCCACCUCUCUUCAAAAUUCCGGAAAGAGUAUUUUGCACAUGAACCAGUCCAGGCUGGAGAGGUUGUGGGACAGGGGUAGAGGAGGCAGGAGCUAUGGCAGUUCUGAGCGAGGGGUGACUUCAGGGGGUGGGAGAAAACCCCUUUCUGAGCCAGGAUACUGCUUUCCCAGACUGGAGCCCAGCCCAGAGGAGGAUGGAGGGAGAGAGAGAGCCUGAUCAGGGAAAGAGGUUUCAGCCUUGAGUGGCCAGGACACAGGUGUGACUAAGAUCAAGAAAAAUAAAUAAAGGUGAAUAUAAUGGAUAAGC